CAUUUUAUUUCCCUCCUACCAUAACCUUUUUCCCCAAUUCCAAAAUUUUGAGAGCGGGAAACCAAACCAAAUCAUGAGAGGCCCCGCCGGACGCCGCCCUCAAGCCACCACCCCAACACCGGCAGAUCCAUGGCAGUUCUCCGCCGUCUCCCGCCGCGACUCCGACGCCAGUUUCUGCAGCAGCCGUCCCUCCUCCACUGGCGCCAAUCACCACCGCAACUCCGCCGUCGCCAUCACCGACCGCUCCUACCAACUCCACGCCGUUUCCACCAUCAACUCCUUCCUCUCCACAACCAACUGCCAGGUCUCACUUAAACUCAAACCCUUACCAUCCAACAGUAACAUUAUUGAAACCCUAAAACACGUUCUCAAGUGCCUCGAUUAUCCGGUUGGGCAGAAGUUAGAGGAUGAUUUGUCUGCGGUUUUGAAGUGCUUGAAUUGUCCGAUUAAGAUGAACAAAUCUGCCUUGAAAGCACCUGGAACGCCUCACUCGUUUCCUAAUGUCUUAGCUGUCAUUCAUUGGCUUGUACAGAUUGCAAUGUUUAACGACAACCUUGGGAAUUCGCACUCCUUUUCUGGAGAUGGUAUGUUUGUUUAUAAUAAGGAUUGUUAUUUGAGAUACAUACAGGGAGAUGAUGAUGCUGUAGAAAAGCUAGAUGAGGAUUUCCUGGGGAAAUUACAGCAGGAGAAGAAUUUGUUGUUGGAGGACGCAAAUGUGUUAUCAGAAAAUGCUAAGGAUUUGGAGUUAAAACUGGAGGCUAUGAAGUCUGGGCCAUCGCUGAAGGAAGCAAAGGAGAAGGAAAAGAAUACGUGUGAAAAAGAUAUCGAGAAGUUUAAUGCUUUGAUUCAGCAAUUGAAGGUUCAUGAGGGGAAUGCCGAGAAGCAAAUAGAAGAAAAAGAGAAGGAACUGAAGAUAAAAAUAGAGGAGAGGAAUAGGAUUUUUGAGGAGAAUGAGGAGUUGAAGAAGAAGGUGGAAGAACAGGGUAUUAAUAUGCGGGAUGCAGAGAGGAUGAAAAGGGAGUUACAGUCAGUGGUGAAGGAUAUAGGAGAUGCUGAGGAUGAGCGGAUCAAGUGGGAAGAGAAGUGUUGGGAUCUGAAUAAUGUCAUUGGGACAAAGUUUAAGGAGCUUGAGGCACUUCAGACUCAAUGUAACCAGGCUAUCCGAAGGUUAAAACUAGGAAGUGACAUUCAGUACGAGCUGAACGCAAACGGUAAAACAGCUGCUGAAGUGCUUGGAAUGGAUUAUAAAUCAAGACUGGACCCUGUACUGAUUUCUUCACGUGAUGAAGUAAAGAGAAGCUCAAUGGAGAAUCUGGAAACUCUGAUGUCUCUCCAGCAACUAUCCCGUGACAUUGCUGCCAAGAUUGAUGCAAAAAGGAAUCGUAUUGCCAUUCUUCAAUCACGAAUUGAUGAGGUGGAAAACCAGUUGAUCACAAUAAAGAAUGAAACACAAGAUUACACAUCCAGGUGUCUAAUGGAGGCUAACCAAUUGAUUAACAACUUUGAAGUUGAGUCUCGUAAAGUUGAGCUUGUUGAAAAAGAAGCUCGCGAAUUUGUUGAGAGUUCGAAGGCGAAGUUACAGGAAACAAUGACACAAUGCGAAGAAGAGGUUCAGAUGUGUGCACACGAGCUGUUUGCAUUGAUUGAUUCGGUGUCAAAGUACAAAGAGUUUACAGUUUGCAAAUUAUCAGAAAUAAAUAAUGCGGUUUCAGAAACGGCUGCUGCUAUAGCACAAGUUCAUAAGGAUGCACUAACAUCCUAUCUUGGGAUUUAGUUCUUUAUGAUAUUAUUGUGGAUGUCAUGGCGUAAAUAAUUCUAACUUGUUAUAUAUGUACUUUCAUAUUUAUUGUGUGUUCAAUCCUAGCAACUGAAGUUCUCGUUGAAGAUGAUGGUUUGAAGCUUCUUACCUUGUUAUAUAUGUACUUUCAUAUUUAUUUAUAAUUCGUUUUGUUA